AUGUCAAAAGAUGGUGUUGCCGCAAUUGAUGUGAUGAUGCCCGACGGGGCGUCUGAAGAUUACCCCAUCACAUUGGAGGAGGCAGAUGCAUCAGACGGCGAGUGGACUAGGAGGAAGCGACAUGUGAAGAGGCUGAAGAAAGUGGAGAGCACCAUUGAGAGGGUGAUAUUUGACUGCCGGUUCUUCGCUCUGAUGGGGGUAGUCGGCUCAUUGAUCGGCUCAUUCCUGUGCUUUGUGAAGGGCUGCUUUUAUGUCUACAAGGCAAUCAUUGCCGCAGCCUUUGACGUCACGCACGGCCUCAACUCUUAUAAGGUCGUCCUCAAACUGAUCGAAGCCCUAGACACCUAUCUUGUGGCGACCGUGAUGCUCAUCUUUGGCAUGGGGUUGUACGAAUUGUUCGUGAAUGAAUUGGAGGCCGUAGCGACUACUGAUUCGGUCGUAGGCUGCAAAUCCAACCUGUUUGGACUAUUUCGCUUGAGGGAGCGCCCCAAGUGGCUGCAGAUCAACGGCCUGGAUGCGCUGAAAGAGAAGCUGGGCCACGUGAUCGUCAUGAUACUGUUGGUGGGCAUGUUUGAAAAGUCCAAAAAGGUGCCCAUUCGAAAUGGCGUGGACCUCGUGUGCGUUGCCACUUCAGUGCUCCUUUGCGCUGGCAGCUUAUACCUGCUGAGUCAGCUCAGCAAGAACGGCAACGGGCACUGACACGUGACAGCUUGAUGAUUUUUAAUUGGCAUUGUAUAUAGCUUCCCUACUCCAUUCGAGACGAACUUCUUCUGGUCCGGAGCCCAUUGCUCCAUAGAGACAAAGAAGGUUUUCCAAUGGAGAGUCGCCGGCUGAGUCACGCAAAGCUGCCGGAUAGACGGCACCUGCUUGCAGCGAAACGGGUGAUACUACUCGUGAAAGAUAGAUUGGCAAACAUCAAAUAGAGGUCAAGUGUACAUAUAUGGUGAGAGAUAGCUGGACCCCUCGCCUUUGAUCGAGCAUCCUAGUUUUACUGGGUGGGAGGCCAUCAUUUGAAGACAGCGUCAUUGGAUUUGGGAGAGAUGGCCGGCGAUCCCGAUAUCGAAGCGAAAGCGACUGAUUCGCCCGCGACGUACGCCAAUAAGGUGCAAGCGCGCUGCGUGGCACAUGCUCCAUUGGAAGGCUCCCUUAACUGGAUAAGCAUAUUCACUUGAUUUAGUUUGUUAAUGCUGUAUCAUUUAUCCUCCA